AUGGUGUCUCGUCUAUGUCGGUACAACGGACUUGAUAUUCCAUUUGGAAUCGAUAAGCUUUGUCCUGAUUUUCAAAUAAGCUUGAGCACUUCUGCAAGCUCCGAAGCCUCCUGUUCCUCUGGGUCUUCAUCUAGAGUUCAUUCUAGCACUAUCAUUAAGCCAACUCCUGUUGCAAAUUCCCAAGAGGAAGAUGAUGAAGGAAAUAAAGGGGACGAUGAUGAUGAAGAAGCUGAUGGUGAAGAUGAAGCCGAAGUUGGUGCGAUUGGAGAUGUCAAUGUUGGCGAACCUGAGAUGUUCGGUAGUGAUGCAGAGGAUACUGGAUUUGAGGAUGAAGAAGACAUGCAUAUGCAUGAUGCCUUUGAAGAAACGUAA